GGCGGUGUGCUGACUGCGUUUUCUGGUGGACUUCCUCGACCCGAAUUCCAGGAUCGACAUGCAGUAACAGUAAUGCAAGGUCAAGAGCAUCACGUGUGCUUCCAUUUCGGCUCUGAAAUUAAGGAUUUCUUAUUUAUCCCCAAAAAGGGGGCUUUAGAUGCCAUGUUUGCAACCGAAUCGGAUGGCAACCGAAAUCCUUCGUACGCAGUCGCCGCAUUGAUUGUUCUUACGGAACGCGAACUUCUGGCAUUCGAUUUGAUGCAACCGGAUUGGCCGGCAGUUCAUUUGCCCUACUUAAGCUGUUUGAACAUCUCGCCGGUCACAGCCAUUGCACAUUUGUCUCAGGUACCGAACAACUUGUUGCAAGCAAUCCGUUCGGAAAAUUGUCCUGUGUGGGGUGGUAGUCAUGAAGAGUCCACACACGAACUGUUAAUGAAUGGGAGCAAUUGUGAUAUCCUGAUUCUGGGUCAGGCGAAUGGUUUAAUCACAUUGCUUGCCAUGGGUAAGGGUGAUUGUGUAUACCGCAUUGGCACUCUACAUACUGCAUCGAUGUUCUCCCUGGACGGGGAUACAAGUGUACAGAAGUGCGUUGAAGAAGAGACAUGGCCUCCAUUCCGACGUGUUGGCUAUUGUGCUUCAGCUAUUGGACAGUUUGGCGCUCAGGCUGAUCCUCGUCUGCUCGUGACAACAAUCGAGGCUCAUGUGGAUAGUUCGAACACAAUUAGCUUAGUGGUCGGUUCAGCCGGCGGUCACGUUACAGUUUGGACUGCCGGUGGAGAAACUGCUUGUGAAAAUCAAGGUCAACCUUUCGAAGGCGUUACAUCACUUUACGACUGCGAAGGGAUCGUCUUCACUCCUCGUGCUCUGGUUCAACUGCACCCACCGGCCCCGAUAUCUUCGAUUGCCUGUGAAAAUUCUUGGAAUUUACUAGCCAUUGGUUCACCCCACGGUUUUGCCAUAAUUGAUCUGUUUGCGAAAUCCACGAUCUACGUACAAUUGUUGCACGACAAACCGUUGCAACAAAAACUAACGCAUGCCGUAUCCAGUGUUCAACGUGAGUUGGUCAGUCGUGGGAAACAGUUUACCGCAACAAUGCGUCAGUCAUUCCGACGUUUGAAACACCUGCGAACAUCAACCACUGGAAGUAAAAGUUCCGAAACUGGUGCAGUUGAAACCCAGCCCACGAAUGCGGAAGAUCAGGCCGACGCCACCACUGAACCCAAAGAAGAAGCUGCAGCGGCCGCCGCCACCGGGGAGGUGGAGGAACCACAAAAAGAAGAAGCGCAACCCGAGAAACCGGGUGAAGAAGAAGUUCACGCUGAUCAGCCGAAACCGGAAGAAAAGGACACCAUGGAAACCGUAGAUGAUUGGGACACGGUUAUCCUGUCACUCGAAGAGAACCCGUCAUCUGUGCGGUCACUACUGUUUACCGAUACUUUCUUGCUCAAUGCCACAAGUUCGGAGGAAUCGCAACCAACUGAGUCUAAACGCACACCCUCUCUGUGGGUCGGUACUGCGAAUGGCCGUGCAAUCGCUCAUGUUUUGAAAUGGGAAGGAACUCAAGGCCCAGUCACAGUCCAACCAAUAAAGGAACUUCAGCUACGGCAUCAGGCACCCAUCAUCAGUAUGUACCUGGUCGAUGCUGCAACCAAGAGUCCAGUAUCAUCCACACUUCGAAAACGAUUUUCUAAUGAUCUGGUUCCCAGUCAACCUGAUGUUCUGACUGAAAGCCCCUCCACUCCACAACCCGGUGAAACUUCAACCCCAGUCACACAGGACGCUGCGACUUCGGCCACAACAACCACUACCGUCGAAUCACAUCAAUUGUUGGUCUGUUCUGAUGAACAAAUCAAACUGUUCAGCCUCCCAACUCUACGAGCACUUCACAAAUACAAAUUUUCUAAUGAUCUGGUUCCCAGUCAACCUGAUGUUCCGACUGAAAGCCCCUCCACUCCACAACCCGGUGAAACUUCAACCCCAGUCACACAGGACGCUGCGACUUCGGCCACAACAACCACUACCGUCGAAUCACAUCAAUUGUUGGUCUGUUCUGAUGAACAAAUCAAACUGUUCAGCCUCCCAACUCUACGAGCACUUCACAAAUACAAGUUCGUUGAUCGCAUUCGUCUGCCCUACUCAGUCGGUCACAUCACGCUUACGCCUGACACAUCCACAACGAAACCGGAACGACAGGUUACCGAAACGACGGAACAGGGAGAUAACGCCGUCGAGGUUUGUGCAUUAGAAAAGCACACUGUUUAA